GAAACACAGGUUCCUCAGCUUCUCGAGUUGUUGAGGUGUUGUGCGCCUUCCGUUUACUCCGCUCCAACUCAACAUUUCUGUGGUCGCAGUCUUCUUCACGGGAGCACACCGCUAACCUUCACGCGUAGCACAUUCUAAAAUGGGUACCGCACGCUCUUGCAGGAGAGGCUCUCCUCUCGUCGUCGCCGCAUUUCUCGCGUGCGGACUGUCCCUCGCCAUCGCCGCGUCGCACUCGAUAAGCAAUGUCGUUCUAACGCGAUACGAGCAGGCAUUGACGGAAACCCUGCAGUUGAGCCCCCAACUCAAAGCGAUCUACAGAGCAGCGAGGCAGAAAGACGCGCUGCCGGACGACGAUGGCGAGAGCGGCGACAUUGGCGACGGGGACGGCUCUCGUCGCCAACUUCUGAAGGAUACGGCGAAAAAAAUGUUCGGACUGAAUCCCCCGCCGCUUAACUCGGGGCCCAGCAUGGCUGACGUCAACAAUACCUUUUUCCGUUUCGAAUCCGUCACGCCGAAUGCGGUGGUGGACUGGCGUCAGACGAUGUACAUCUCGCCCAUCCAGCGCCAGUACCAGUGCGCGAGUUGCUGGGCGAUCGCAGCCGUUGAUUCCAUCUCCAUGAUGUGGGCGAUCAACACCAACUCGCUCCCAGCCGUGCUUUCCCCGCAGCAGGUGUGCGACUGCGGCACGAAGCAGUGCUGCCAGGGCGGUUGGCCCGACUGGGCCUUUUCGUUCGUACUCUUUAAUGGCGGCAUCACUUCAGUGGAUAACUACCCCUACAUGGCGAACGACAGUGCAGUGUGUCAGGCUACCUUGUUUACACCAACCACUGCUCAGGAAUCAUCUCAAGCAACCAGGCCUCGAUACCUAUAUAGACCUAGUUAGACCGUCUACAACGUUCGGGUCCUGUUUGUUCCUUGUCCGUUGUCGCGAGUGUCGUGGAUUGCAUGGCUCCUUCCUUGGUCAACCGCUCGCGUUUACUUCAGUAACCACGUCUACGUCGUCCGAAUGCCCCUUUCCCGCCGCACAAUGCGCUUGUUUUCAUUUAGUACCUUCGUCCCACCUCGAUGCGUGGUGUCCCCCGCAGAUCACGGGGUGGGAGCUGGUGCCGCCGUACAGCGCGGCGGCGCUGAUGAAGGCGGUGAGCAUGCAGCCGGUGGUGGCGUUCCUCAGCGCGUCGGCGCAGGACUUCCAGCAGUACAACUCGCGCGGGCAGCUGAAAAUUUACGACGGGCUGUGCACGACGGACAUCAACCACGCGGUGCUGGUGGUGGGCUUUAACUACACGGGCGCGGGCCUGGCGGGCAGCUACUGGAUCCUUAAGAACUCGUGGUUCAACACGUGGGGCGACGCCGGCUACAUGUACCUCGCCAUGUCGCCCGACGUGCGCGGGAAGUGCGGCAUCCACGCCAUCCCCGCCAUGUACCCGGUGUACUACCCGAGCGGGCCGCAGCCGGUGAAGAUCUCCAACGGCCCCAUCACGCGCGCCGACGACGGCUACGACGGCCGCUGGUGGAUGCGCCUCUACCCGACCUCGCUCGACGCGUGCUCGGGCAUCAACCCGUGCGGCGCGGGGCGCUGCUACACGCGCGCGGGCAUGGCGCGGUGCGACUGCAGUGGGCUGGCGGGGAUGGUGGAGGUGGCGGGCGUGCCCACUAGCAAGUGCGUGGCGCGCAACCCCUGCACCACCCGCGGGCUGAAUAACCCGUGCGGCAGCGGCACGUGUGUCAACCCCGGAGAUGGAAGCUACUCGUGCCAGUGCCCCGCUGGCUACGCCAUAGGAGCGUCGUCAGAUGGCACGCAGACGUGCGUGGGCGUGGCGAGCAGCACCACCACGGCCGUCGCCUACCCCACCGUGCCCGGCGACUCGUGCUCCUCCGUGGCCGCCGCCUUCGGCCUCAGCACGGCCGCCCUCGCCGCGCUCAACCCCUUUGUGAACUGCGCGCUCGCCUUCCUCCCCCCGGGCUUCCUCCUCUCCGUCUCCAACGCCACUUCCUCCUCGUCCCCCUCCACACCGCUCUGCAUCGCCACGUACUCCGUCCAGCCCGGCGACACGUGCUCCUCCCUCGCCUCCACCUUCUUCAGCGGCAGUCUCGCCGCCCUGCGCGCCGCCAACCCCCUCACGUGCACCACGGCGCGCUUCUACCUUUACCCUGCGCAGAUCAUCUGCACCGCCACCACCACCCUCUCCUCCGCGUCCGCUGUGGACGUGCCCCAGUGCGGGCAGACGUACACGGCGGUGGCGGGCGACACGUGCCCGUCCGUGGCGACCAAGUUCGCCAUCAGCCUGAGCAGCUUCAUGGCGCUGAACAACGCGCUCUCGUGUGCCACCAGCAUUCCUGUCGGGUCGUAUGUGUGCGUCGCACCCAAGAGCUCUCAGACCGCGGUGAACUGCACGGCGUGGUACGCGGUGCUGCAGGGCGACAACUGCCCCAACAUCUGGAACGCUGCCAACCUCACGGAAUCCACAUUCCUUGCCAUCAACCCGGGCAUCAGGUGCCAGGCGCCGUACCUCCAAGUGGGCCAGAAGGUCUGCAUCAACUCGCCCCUCCUUGCUUCCCUCCUCACCACAUCCAACACCUCGUACUCGCUGUACACGGUGCUCCCCGGCGACUCGCUGGCGCUCAUCUCGUCCAAGUUCAUAACGCGCUGCACCUCCUCCUCCGUCUCGCCCGCCUCCAUUGCCGCCGCCAACAACAUCCUGGAGACGUCUGCUCUGACCGCCAACUCCACUCUAAUCAUCCCCUGCGACGCGCGCGUUGGGAUUCUCGAUUGCGGGUGCGCGGCGUCGCUGCCCGUGUGUGGCGCGGACUACGUGACGUACCCAUCGUACUGCGACGCGCUGUGCAACUACGCGCUGCCCGUCAUCCAAGAUGGCGCCUGCUCCGGCUGCAACGCUGCGUGCACCAGCCGCGUGGGCCUGGCGCCCACCGCAGGGUACGGGUGCACGUGGAGCACAUGCCCAUACCCUAAUUGGAAGCCGCUGGACAGCGACUGCACCAUUCUGCAGGGCGACGCCCCGGGGAAGUGCUGCGCCGUGGAGCAGACGGUGUGUGAGAACGUGUGCAUGGCGACGAGGGACACGCUGGGCGGCACGUCGACGCAGAUGCAGACGAACUACGACUCGUGCUACAGCCAGUGCAUGUGCUGCGCGCGCGUGCCGUGCGCCACGAGCACGUGCCUGGCGCCCACCAGCUGCUGGAGCCAGAGCCCCAGGAAGUGCACGUACAGCUCGUACAAGUACUGGUGGAACUGCACCUGGUUUCCGCCCUCCAGCCCCCUGCCCUAGAAGGGCCGUACACGUGCUAUGGCUCGCGCAAGCACCGGUGCCUAGCGGUCCGGUCCAGUGCCCUGAAAAGUCGUUGCUGGUGGAGCCAGAGAGCGCUCAAGUGCACGUACCGCUCGUACACGUACUGGUGGAACUGCACCUGGUUCCUGCCUGCCAGUCCCUUUGCCUUACAAGGGUCUUGCUGUACAGGCACGCACAGCACUGGUAACCGGUGGUACUGCACCUGGUUCCCACCCAGCAGCCCGCUGCCUUGAACGGUCUUGCUGCUGGUGUCAGCUCCCCAGGAAGUGCGCGUGCACAGCUCCGUCAAGCACUGGAAACGGGUGAAGCUGCACCUGGUUCCCGCUGAGUAACCACUUCAUUAGCAGGACACUGCCGCGGCCCCAGCAAGGAAGAGUUCUGGCUGCUGCUGCUGCUGCUGCUGCUGCUUUUGGGUUUUAGUCCUCAUCAGAUGGGAAAUUGCCCAGGGCUGACUAGGUCUAGGAAUCUAGCAGCUCCGUGAUGUGUGUGUAAAAUAGUGUACAGUUUGUUGCUCUUGCUAACCUGUACUCGAUAAUGCCGUUUAUUUUUGUUGAAGUCAACU